AUGCUCAUCCACAAAGGAACAAAUGCCCACCUUUCUUCCGAGACAGAGGUCCCUCUCAUCAAGCCAUUGGCCUUUAGCCUGAACGUGGUCCCAACCAAGGUGCAGCCUCCCGUUGGAACGCCGGUUAAUCGGAAGUGGCAGGCACAGGCACACGACACGGAUUCCACUCCCGUGACCAUCGUCGAUACCCCCGAGGCGGUCUCCAAGCUGAUAGACGAUCUCCUCGUCGACCCCACAGAGCACUUGUACGUCGAUCUCGAAGGCAAGGACCUCUGCCGCCACGACACGAUCACACUAUUUACAAUCCACCUCGUAGAGCCGAGCCAGACCUAUCUCGUCGACGUGCACACCCUAGGCGAAACAGCCUUCUCCACCCCGGCCGCCGACAACGCCACCACCCUCAAGACAAUUUUCGAAUCGCCCACCCGCACAAAAGUGUUCUUCGACGUGCGCAACGACUCUGACGCCCUGAGGGUCCUGUGCAAUGUUGUUCGGGAGGGCGUCGAAGACGUGCAGAUCAUGGAGCUCGGAUUCCGCCAGUGGUCCGGGGGCGGCUGGCUCCGGGGGCUUCGGGCCUGCGUCUCGGACGGCACGCAGCUCGGCCUCUCGGCGGAGGAGAAGGAUCGGUGGCUGAAGAACAAAAGGCAGAUGACGAGGAAGUUCCGGUCCGAGGGCGCGAGGGCCGAGGACCACGAUCUAGGCUUGACCCAGCGGCCGUUGACCCCCGAGGCCGUGGCGUACAGCGUCGGCGACGUGGUGCUCCUGCCGCAGCUACAGCGCGAGUAUCUGGCCUUACUCGACGAUUUCUGGAUGUGGUUCGUGGCGCAGGAGACGGCUGCCCGCGUGAAGGAGUCGCAGGGCGAGGGGUAUAUGCCGGAUGGACCGCACAAGGCCUUGGUACCGUGGACGGUGCUCGACUUCCACGAGCGGAUCAAGGAUGUCUUGAACAGAAAUCCCCGGUCUUUCUCACUAAAGGCUCUUAGAAGAUGGCUCAAGGACAAGCAGAACUCAGAAACAAAAGCACAGAAAAGUUCCGCUUCUUCUCCUCCUCCUCCUCCUCCACCACCACCACCACCACCUUCCAAUAUUCGAUCGACUUUACUGCGUCUAAGCAUAGCACUCACAACCAUCAUCAUGGGACAAAUCAAAGACCUCCCCCCGGACCCCCCAGUUUCUACCACAACAACCAUCUCCUCCUCAUCCUCCAUCCCCUAUCCCCUCCCCGAAGACGACCUUCCCCCCGCAUACCACGAAACCGACCAGACACCAACACCCUACCGCGACGAUCCGCUCUCCGCACCCCACGAAGCCUACAGCAUCCCCGGCCACCGACCGUACCACAGCAUCCGCGAGAAGACACGCCACGCGGGGGUCGUCACGAUGGACCCGGUCCUCGCCACCGACGCCCAGGCGUUGUACCGCUUCGUCGACACGCAGACGCGUCUGCCGCCGCGCCCGUGCCUGGUCAUCAGCGGCCAGCACCACGAGAAGGAGCGCCGCGGCAACGACUCGACCCGCCGCACCGUCUGCGACUUCAACUUCCGCAUCGACCUGACCCGCACCCUCCUCACCUGGGGCGGCGGCGCCGGCCUGCUCCGGCGCUGGUCCUACACCACCGUCGUCGGCGACCACGAUCACCAGAAAGCGUACCGCGGGGGACGCUGGCCGUCGCGCGGAGCGCGGCACGGGAAAAACACGGGCGGGCGCAUCGCGCUCCCGGAGGACGACGAUGGGACCACGGAACUUGGGGAGGGGGACCGGCUGAUGGUGGGGUUGGAGGCCGGCGAUGCGCAGGGGGAGGAUGCCCCGGGUCUGCGCGGGUGGUGUCGGCGGUUCUGCGACGAUCCGGCCCCAGUGAAGUCAUUCACCUACCAACGCAACCUCCACGGCUUCGACGCCGCCCCCAUGCGCACCAAGCUCAUCGCCCACAUCCGCUCCACCGGCUACCAGGGCCAUGUGCACGUCGCCCCGUCGCUCGCCAACGGCACGAUCACCGUCUACUCGCCGCACUGGAUCAACCGGCUCCGCAACCAUGGGUUCGUGUAUUGGGCGUGCAUCAUCCUCCAGCUGUGGAUCGUCACGUGGCCGGUCAUCUGGUGGUUGGAGCGGCGCUACGAGGUGGUGCGGUCGGAGUGGUUCUCGUCCCAGCUGGUCGCCGAUCCGGCUCACCCCGAGGGGCAGCGGAAGGUGUACGCCGGGGACCAGGAUGAGCUAGCGGCGGCGGAGACGUGGGCGCCCGUCGUGCGCGAGGCGGUGUGGCAGGGGCGGAAGGGCGGAGACAUCCUGGCCGAGGAAGAGGUCGAGCGGCUGCGGCGGCUCGGCAUCCAGCGCAGAGACGCCGUCGGCCAGGGGGGCGAGUUGAUCCGUCGCGGCCAGGCGGUGCUGGGGCUGAUGGGCAUCCGCAACAUCGGCGGGGUCAAUGUGACGGGGGCGUGGGGUGCGGAUCGGUGUUGA